UAUUCUUAGUAGGAUAAAAUAUCCUAGAUGGCGGUUGACUCUAUAUCUUCGAAAUAAUGAAUCGUUGAUCGUUGACUUUCUAUAUUUGUUUGAAAAAUUUGUGACAGUAAAGUGUGUUGUCGACGCCCAGUUACUUGAAUAUUUUAAGAAAAUAGAAAAAAUGCAAACUAUUAAAUGCGUUGUAGUUGGAGAUGGUGCAGUAGGUAAAACAUGUUUGUUGAUUUCAUAUACUACCAAUAAGUUUCCAUCCGAAUAUGUUCCAACAGUAUUCGACAAUUAUGCUGUAACUGUUAUGAUUGGUGGUGAACCAUAUACUUUAGGAUUAUUUGAUACAGCUGGUCAGGAAGAUUAUGACCGAUUACGUCCUUUGAGUUAUCCUCAAACUGACGUAUUUCUUGUUUGUUUUUCGGUUGUAUCUCCAUCAUCUUUUGAAAAUGUUAAGGAAAAAUGGGUUCCAGAAAUAACUCAUCAUUGCCAAAAGACUCCAUUUUUGCUAGUUGGUACUCAGAUUGAUUUGAGAGAUGAUGCAGCAACUAUUGAAAAACUUGCAAAAAAACAAAAGCCUAUAUCGGCUGAACAAGGUGAAAAACUCGCCAAGGAACUUAAAGCAGUAAAAUAUGUGGAAUGUAGUGCUCUUACACAAAAGGUUUAAAAAACGUAUUUGACGAAGCAAUUCUAGCAGCAUUAGAACCUCCAGAACCAGUUAGGAGAAGACGAUGUAUUGUUUUGUAGAAAGCUUUUAACAUCGUUUUUAAAAUCUAUUAGCGCUGUUCGAACAAUGACUGUGUGAGUUUGUCAUACGGUGCAUACGAAAAUACUUCGACUAACGAUAGUUCGUCUAAUUAUUGGUACGAUCUAUCUUUCGUUUUCAUCUCAUUCGAUUUGCAAAAACAAAAAAUAAAAACAAGCAUUUUAUAUAUAAAAGAUAUGCACACAUUAUAUACACGUACAUUACGUGUUUACAUGUGCACGUGUACAUAUAUGCAUAUGUAUAAAUCUAUCAAUACAAAAUAUAUAUAUAUGCUCGCAUGCGUGCUUUCACACUUAUGCAUACAUACAUUUAUCCGUUUGUGAAGAUACUCAUGGAAGAAAUAUGAUCGAUGAUUGAUUUCUGUUUAAUCAAUCUAAAGCAGCGAGCGAACAUUGAUGCUUUUUGGCUAUAACGCGAAAGAAAAAUUGUAAUAAUCGUCAACUGUGAACAUCUAUACAAAUUUCGUAUCAAAAAUACUUGUAAAACAUUCUUCUAUUUAAUAUGUAAGACGUUUUUAUUGAUAAAUUAGUAGUGUGAAUUUUUUAAUAAAUCAGUUUAAAAAAAAAGACUAAAAUA